AAGGAUACGUAAGUGUAUGACUGGGCCAGACUGGAAUUGAACCUCAUGCGAUUUCAUGUGACAAAUUAAAUUGAUUGAAAGAAAAGAAAGAUUAAAUAGCUGUUAAAACAGUGAGGCUUUUGCAAGAUAUCUCCACCUGUCUUUUUGUCUUCAAGAGGAAAUCAUCUUUCAUCCAACAUGAAGUAUCUUGUCCUGGGGCUGUUUUUCCUGGCUCUGCUGGGAUUCAUCUGUGCACAGACUUCACCAUCAAGUAGUAACACCACAGAGAUGCCAUACAAUAACACCGCCAAUACAACCUGGCCAUCCAUUUAUACCACCACUGACAACGACAACAAUACCACUGGUUCCACACCCACUGGCUCCAACCCCACAGUAUCCAACCCCACACGCUCCAACCCCACAUGGUCCAAACCAACAGGCUCCAUCCCCACAGGCUCCAUCCCCACAGGCUCCAACCCCACAGGAUCCAACCCCACAGGCUCCAACCCCACACGUUCCAACCCCACAGGCUCCAACCCCACAGGCUCCAACCCCACAGGAUCCACCCCCAUCAGUAGCCAGACCCCCACGAUGGUGACCAGACCCACAUUGAUGACGGCCACAGUGAGCAUGACUACAAAUAUCGGACAGAGCCACAUCUUCACCUCUGUCAGUCUGCUGUUUGGAUCACUUGUUCUUCAAGCACUUUGGUAAUAGAGGACAAACAUCAGUUAACAUCAAUUGUUUAUGAAAUUAGGAAACGAUUAGUGAGAGUCACAGUGACUGUAAAUUAACAUUCAGAUAACAACUUUGACAGAUUCUCAAUCAGAUUCUGUGAAGGAUGAAGCCGAUGCCUAUGAAUCCUAAUGAGUUGAAGCGUGUUUGUUUGCAUUUUAAGUGAAUACUGCAGCCUGAUCUGUAUUUGAGUUUAGCAUAUCCUAAAUCAAAUUUACCCUUUGUGCAUAAUGUAGGCUUAUUAUUUGUCCUGCGUGAAUAUAUUUGUAUUUAAUCAAAUAGCUUAUACUAAACAUUUUUUCUUGGUAUGUCCAAAAAAAUGAUAAACAUUGAAAAAAAUAGUACUAUUGACGUAUGUUAUAUAUGUA